UCUUGUGUUAGGUUUAUAGAAUCUUCAAAUGCAUGUUUUUAUUUAUUUUUUUAGAAAGUUUUUUACAUAAGCCAGAAAAUAGAAAAAUUAUCUUCCGUAUUUACCCUUAUCCACACUUGUUACUUCAAUUAAUACUUGGUUUUUUUUCUUUUUUUAAAACAUAUUAAUUUUGUUCUGAUGGAUUGAUUGAUUGAUCUAAGCCUUCCUUGAAACUGAAACCUGAAAGAAGGGCCGAAGGCGUGUUUGUGUGGUGGGUCUUGCUUUGUGUGUGUGGAGUUUUCAGCUGCUUUGACUGAAUUGGGAAUUACAGAUUCAGGAUCAGGAACAUUAAUGAUGGGAACUGAACUCAUUAGAGUUCGUGUUAAGGAGGAGAAUGAUGAUAUCCCAUCAGUUCCACCUGGUUUUGAGUCAUUUGCAGCUUUCAACUUGAACAGGGUGCAAGAUGGUGAAAAACAAGAAAGUAAUAUAAUCAGUUGUUCAGCCACUGCGAGCGCUUCUGAAUCAUUGCCAGUCAAGAUGGAGACGGGGUUUGAGGAUGAAGCAAAAGUUACAAGGUCCCUCCGGCGUAGACCCUGGAUAAAGUAUGGACAUUUGGAUGGCUGUUCAGAGGACGAGUCUGAUUCUGCGAAGCUUAAUCAAAAUCUCUCCUCGAGGUCUCAACUUCCCAAGGGAGUGAUCCGUGGAUGUCCACAAUGCAGUAAUUGCCAAAAGGUCAGUGCAAGAUGGCGACCAGAAUAUGCUCGCAAGCCUGACAUUGAGGAUGCUCCUGUAUUCUACCCAACUGAAGAGGAGUUUGAAGAUACAUUGAAAUAUAUUGCUAGUAUACGGCCUAAAGCUGAACAAUAUGGAAUCUGUCGCAUUGUUCCUCCUCCUUCUUGGAAACCUCCCUGUCCUCUUAAGGAAGAAACUGUUUGGGAGGGCUCUACAUUUGCAACUCGUGUCCAGAGGGUUGACAAACUGCAGAACCGGGAUUCUAUGAGAAAGAUGUCAACGAUGUCUAACCAUACCAGGAAGAAAAGGAGAAGAUGCAUGAGGAUGGCAAUAGAUUGCGGGGCAGAUAUUGGAAGUAUCUCAAGGUCUAAUGAUACUGGUGUUUGUGAAGCUGAGAGCUUUGGGUUUGAACCCGGUCCUCUGUUUACUUUGGAUAAAUUUAAGAAAUAUGCUGAUGAUUUCAUGGCCCAGUACUUCAGGAAGGAUGAGAAUACUAUUAAUAAAGGAGGCAGCAUGACAAUGCUUCAGGAGAACUGCGAACCAACAUUGGAUAAUAUUGAGGGUGAAUAUUGGCGAAUUGUAGAGAAAGCAACUGAAGAAAUUGAGGUCCUAUAUGGAGCUGAUCUGGAAACAGGGGUUUUUGGCAGUGGAUUUCCAAAAACAUCCAGUGAAGUUGGUUCUGCUACAAAUGAUCGUUAUACAAAAUCAGGCUGGAACUUGAAUAACUUUCCGAGGCUUCCUGGAUCUGUUCUUUCCUUUGAAAGUGGUGAUAUAUCUGGUGUUUUGGUGCCAUGGCUGUAUAUAGGGAUGUGCUUCUCCUCCUUCUGUUGGCAUGUUGAAGACCAUCACCUAUAUUCACUGAAUUACAUGCAUUGGGGCGCGCAAAAAAUAUGGUAUGGUGUCCCCGGGAAGGAUGCUGUUAAAUUGGAAGAGGCCAUGAGAAAUUAUUUACCCGAUCUGUUUGAAGAACAACCUGAUUUGCUCCAUAAGCUGGUGACUCAGCUCUCCCCGAACAUACUAAAAUCUAUAGGAGUGCCUGUCUAUCGGUGUGUUCAGAAUUCUGGAGAGUUUGUGCUAACCUUUCCUCGAGCAUAUCAUUCAGGGUUUAAUUGCGGUUUCAAUUGUGCGGAGGCAGUGAAUGUAGCUCCUGUUGACUGGUUGCCCCAUGGACAGACUGCUAUAGAGCUAUACCGUGAGCAGGGACGGAGGACUUCCAUCUCCCAUGAUAAAUUGUUGCUUGGGGCAGCAAGGGAAGCGGUGAGAGCACAUUGGGAACUGAAUUUACUUAAGAGGAAUAAAUUGAAUAACUUAAGAUGGAAAGACAUGUGUGGAAAAGAUGGGAUAUUAGCAAAAGCAUUCAAGGAACGUGUGGAGACAGAGCAUUUGAGGAGACAAUUUCUCUGCAAUUCUUCCCCAGCACUGAAGAUGGAGAGUGAUUUUGAUGCCACAAGUGAGAGGGAAUGCAGUGUUUGCCUUUUUGAUUUGCACCUGUCUGCAGUGGGGUGUCAUUGUUCUCCAGACAAGUAUGCAUGCCUGAAUCAUGCAAAACAGCUGUGUUCAUGUGUUUCGGGUGCCAAAUUUUUCCUGUUUCGCUAUGACAUCAGUGAAUUAAAUAUCCUUGUGGAGGCUUUGGAAGGAAAAUUGAGUGCGGUGUACCGAUGGGCAAGACUGGAUCUUGGACUUGCCCUGACUUCUUUUGUUUCCAAAGACAAUGCUGAAGAAGGUAAAUUAUCAUGUUCUCCAAAAAGAACUGCAAUUGAACAGGUGAGAUCACAUGCGUCAGCAGAUCUCCAUAAAGUUUCACCAGGGAGAACAAUAUCUGGUGACUUCAGAAUGAAUUCAGCUGGGGUCUGUUGGCAGAUCGCCGCAGAAGAAGAGAAGAAACCACCUGAAGAUGUACCUUCAAAAGAUGCAAGGGCAUCAUCUGUAUCUCAUAGUUCUUUUCAAGUAAUUGAGAAGGAAAAUGACAAUUUCAAGCUAAACCAGAAAGGUUCUAGUCUUUUGUCUACAAAUUUAAGGACACUAGCUUGCCAGUUGUCUCAAGAAGACCCAUCCUAUACUGCAGGCCUGGCUUCAGAGAAAUGUGAAAGGAAGAAGCCUUCAACUUUGUGUAAUGACAAUAUUAUUCUUCUUAGUGAUGAUGAAGGCGAUGAACUGAAGCCAAUUUCAGAAAGGGCAAAAGAAAAUGUUUCUGUAAACCCUUCCUCACUUUCAGAGAAGCUAUCAAUUUCGCAUGAUAGGUCAUGUAAUGACAAUAAAGAUUCAAUCUUAACUUUUGCUGUGAUCAACGGAGCAGUAAAGAGUGAAAAGAAUGUCAGUUUGUUUCCUGAUGAAAACAAUUCUCCAUCUGGUCCUUUGCAAGUGAAGGAUGGCUAUAAUCAAGAUGGUGGAAAGGUUUUGGGAUUUAAUCAACCGAAUGGCUUUUGCCAUGCAGGUCCAAGCACUGCAGGUUUUGGUAGGAAUAUUCAGAACUUCUCAUCUAAUAGAGACGCCGGCAAGGAUAACAGGAUGGCAAAUGCUGGGAGUCAGCAACCACAGCCAUGUGGCAGUGGAAAGCCUAACAUUGAGGAUGAGAUGGGAGCGAAUGCCACCUCAACUUCAGUAGACAACUCAAGAACUAUGGCUGGUAGCCCAUCUUCCUCGCAAAAUAAUUUGGACAGGUACUACCGCCAGAAGGGUCCCCGCAUUGCCAAGGUAGUGCGAAGGAUCAAUUGUAAUGUUGAACCUCUGGAAUUUGGGGUUGUGCUUUCUGGGAAGUCAUGGUGCAACAGCCAAGCAAUCUAUCCCAAAGGGUUUAGAAGCCGAGUUAGGUACUUAAGCGUUUUAGAUCCAAUCAAUAUGUGUUACUAUGUCUCAGAAAUACUGGACGCAGGGCGAAAUAGUCCUCUAUUUAUGGUUUCCUUGGAGCAUUACCCAAAUGAGGUAUUUAUUCAUGUUUCAGCAGCCAGAUGCUGGGAAAUGGUGAGAGAGAGAGUGAAUCAGGAGAUCGCAAAGCAGCAUAAAACUGGAAGAACGAAUCUUCCACCUUUACAACCUCCUGGAAGUCUUGAUGGCUUCGAAAUGUUUGGGUUUUCUUCACCAGCAAUUGUCCAGGCUGUAGAAGCAUUAGAUAGAAAUCGAGUUUGUACAGAUUAUUGGGACUCCAGGCCAUAUUCACGGCCGCAAGGACAGAUUCCACAGCAUUCUCAAUCCAAAGCCAAUGCAAGACAUUCCCAGGGAACAUCUGAGGACCAAAAUAACAGAAAAGUUCCUGGGAGCCAAUUCUUACCUGUUGAAGUUGAUACGACACUCGGGGGUUUAUUCAAGAAGGCAAGCCCAGAAGAAUUGAUCUUGCUGAGUCGUGUUUUAAGUGACAAUAAACCAACAGCUAAUCCUGGUCUCAUAACACAGCUUCUUAAUGAAGAGAUUCACAAUCGUCCUAGAUGAUUCAUUAAUUUGGUCUCCCAAGGAUUUGAGACUGAAUUCCACUGCAAUUUUUUGACUCUGUAAAUACCAAGUUCUCAGCUCGCAUGAUGCCCAUACGUCUUCAUCCAAUCUGCUCAUUUGUUUAGUGAGAGGAAAAGAAAAUGAUCUAACAGGAAGGAAAUUUCUCCUGCAUGUCUUCUUUGAAGGGUUAUAUGUAGAGGAGAAUCGGGAAAUUUGUACAGCCAUUUCUUUACAUGGCGUCUACGAUCUUUUGGGGAAGCUUUCCAGCUCUAGAAUUUCUUUCCUUGGUUCUUAACACAGUUCUUUUAGUGUACUGAGAUGGCUUACAAAAUGCUUAUGGAGCUUUUGACAAUGAUCUACCACUCUUGCAGACUGACAAGGUUGUAGUUUCAUCAUCGAGAAACUGUCAAGUUGGAACACUUGUAGAUUCAUGGCCAUACUUGUAUAUUUUGAUUCUUUAUUAUCAUUGCUUUCAUGAUAGAAGUGAAUUAUCGUUA